AUAGAAAAGAGAGCCUAGUCAGAGCAAGAUUAAAUUAUUCGAAAAUCAAGAUGCCUACUCAUAUUGGAAGUGACAUUGUCAUUACGGGUAUUUCAGGCCGUCUGCCUGAAUCCUCAAACAUUGAGGAGUUUAAGGAAAAUUUAAUGAAAGGAACGGAUAUGGUCACCGAGGAUGAGCGACGUUGGACACCGGGCAUCUACGGAAUACCUUCCAGAUUUGGCAAAAUCAAGAAUCUCAGUAGUUUCGAUGCCUCUUUCUUCAAGAUACAUCCUACACAAGUGCAUGCAAUGGAUCCGCAGCUUCGCAUUAUGCUAGAAGUGACAUACGAGGCAUUAAUUGACGCUGGCGUCAAUCCUUUUACCCUGAAAAAAUCGCGUACUGGUGUGUUCAUUGGUGUUUCCUCUUCGGAUGCGAACAAUUUUUGGAAGAGAAAGCCAAACG